AUGCUAAUCGACUGCGAUCUUGCAACCCUAACGCCGCCAGCGUCCGUCAGCAGCUCCGUCUCCCGGCCUGCUUCCAACAAUCGUAGCUUCAGCCAUGGUGAUACAGCUCCAAUCACGCCCGCAGCGUCGACGGCAUCUGUGCUGACUCCCCUGGAGCCGGCCCCUACUCCUGCCCCGGCGUCAACAUCGACGUCGACGUCAACGCUGAACGGCACAGCCGUGGCCCCCAACAGCCCCUUCGCGGCGGCAAACAUCCCCGACCUCGAGCUCCUACACCACUACACGACUUUCACGUAUAAAACUCUCCCGUCCGGCGCAGCAGGGGCACACCAUGAACUCUGGCAGAUCCAGGUCGUUAGGCUAGGAUUUGAGCAUGAAUUUCUACUUCGAGGCAUCCUGGCCGUCUCAGCCUUGCAUCUUGCCUGUCUCAACCCCAGCCGACAAGAGGAAUUGGCUCUCCGCGCCUCAUCCCACCAGAGCAUCGCAGUGCAAUUCUUCCAUGAGGCGCUAAAUCGCGUCGACCCGCAUAACUGCGUUGCUAUCUUUGCCUUCUCAUGCAUUGUCGUUGCGCUGACCUUUGCUACCCCUCGACCUACCCUGGGAGUAGGUAUAGAUGCAGACACGCGUAUACAAAAGGAGAUAUUCGACUGGUUCCAUAUGGUUCGUGGCUGCAACUCUGUGGUUCAGACACAGUGGGAGCCAUUAUCUCAAAGCUUCCUUGCUCCGCUGCUGAAGAAAGGUAUGAUACAUGAAACUGCCGCUGCUCACGACGUGUGCGAUGCCGAUAAAGUAGCAGAACUGUUCCAGCUAUGUACUGGGUCAUCCGGUGACCGUACAGAAGGGGGUACGCCGGAUACCGCUGGCUCUGGUGGUGGUGGUGGCCGUGAAGCAUCCACGGCAUACACCUGGGCGAUUCACGAGCUGGUCAACACAUAUACCCAGGUUUUUGUGCUGAUGAAACGGGGACAGGACUUUGUGCCGGUCAUCUUCGUGUGGCCUAUAGCUAUACCGCAACAUUUUCUGGUUUUGUUGAGCGAGCAACGGCCAGAGGCGCUGGUGAUUCUCGCCUAUUAUGCUGCAUUGUUGCAGCGGGUGGAUGAUCAGUGGUAUAUGCAUGGGUGGGCGAGAUAUCUUGUGAACUCGAUUGAUUCGACGCUGCCGGAUGAGUGGGCGUCGUGGCUCAAGUGGCCCAAGGAGGUGACGGCGAUAUCAUAA